AUGGCAAAACGCACCCUGGACGCAUUCUUCAGGCCAUCAAUCACCACUCCAAAACGUCCCAAAAUCGAACCCAACGAAUCCAACACCGCAAUCCCAACUGCAGAGCCAAACAAUAUCCCAAUCGAAGACACACGACCCCCAAGCCAACACCCAAGCUAUCCAUUCCCAAUCGCCCAACUUCCUUCACACAUCGAAGUAGGUCUAGAACACGCAACACCAGCAGCCGCACCGCGUGAACUAAACAACCAACCACAUCUCGACCUCCUGCACUUCCAGCCAUACAUCCCCCGCCCAACAGCAAACGAGCUAUUCAAAUUCCUCCGUCGUGAACUCCCCUUCUACCGCGUCCAGUACACGGCACGACGGGGCGACAUCGAAACGCAAAUCAACACACCACGAUGGACAACAGUCUUCGGAGUCGAUGAGACAUCGACAUUCAUACAAGAACAAGACAACAACCCCGAUAGCCUGGUUCUCCUAGAAACAAAUACCAAACCCCCGACCCCAAAAACGAAAUAUCAGUGCACGCCGCGCCCAAUCCCAGCUUGUCUGGAUCUCCUACGGAGACAGGUCGAAGCGGCGAAUGCCACCACAGAUAAUAAACACCCGGGCUACAAUUUCUGUCUAGUAAAUUACUACGCCAGCGGAGACGACAGUAUAGCAUUCCACUCCGAUGACGAGCGCUUCCUCGGUCCCGAUCCGAAUAUCGCGUCGCUGUCGCUGGGCGGUGAGCGGGAUUUUCUAAUGAAGCAUAAGCCUUUCGUGCCCGGGGGAAUUGUGAACCGGACGGCGGGUGGGUGCAUGCCUGAUGCUGCACAUGCAAUCUCCGGGCUGGGUGGUACUAGUGCGACGCGGGGGAGCUGUACGGUUUCCGGUGGGACAUCGAAUUCGAAUACCGUCUCUUCGCUUGGAUCUAGGCCUGCUGCUACGGUGCCACUGCAGCAAAUCAAGAUGAGUCUUGGGUCAGGCGAUAUGGUUGUUAUGCGCGGGGCGACGCAGUCGAAUUGGUUGCAUAGUAUUCCUAAACGGAAGGGGAGGGCGGGGGAGGCGACGAGGGGGCGGAUUAAUAUUACCUUUCGGCGGGCUAUUGUUCCUGGCGGGACCAAUAAUUAUUAUCAUUAUAAUGUUGGUAGUGGGGGAAUGUAUCGAUGGGAUGAGAUAGCGAGGGAGAUGGUUCUUCGAGAUAAGAAGGUAUAG